GGAGAAGGAGGCGGGCGGGCACUGGCCAUUUUUUUGCAAGUGCCUGCCUGGGACAAGACUGAGGCGCGGCGCGCGCAAGGUGCCAGGGCCAUUCAUUUACCUCACGGCGGCUUUCGGAUGGAGGAAGAGACACAGAGGGAUGGGGGAGAGGAAAAACCAUUAUGUGCCUUCCCCGGCCUUAUCCCCUAUGAGCCAUAGGAGGGUCUGAAAAGGGGAGCUGGGAUUGGUGUGCGGCAACCAGAGAGAGAGAGAGAGAGGAGCCAGGACUGGACGGGUCCGAGAGCAAUGAGAGACGGAGAGAGACAGUGUGGGAGUGUGUCUCGGCUCGCGCGGCAGAUAGGAGGAGGAGGAGGAGGAGGGGAACUCCCUUUCCCGGGCUGCGAAUAGGUGUCGAAUGGAGCCGCUGCUGCCUGCUUUUGCCUGCUUGGAGGGUCGUCGAGAGGCACUAGGAAUUUGGCUCCCGAGGCAGAGGAGGGGGGACUCCGUGGCGUGGCCAAAAGACGACGGGAAUCUCAACUGAGAGCUGAAACUGUGACGAAAGGAGGGACAAUAAUCAAGACUAUCUGGCGGGGGGAGGAGGAGAGAAGGAGGAGGAGGAAAGGGGUGGCGUGGCGGUGGUUCUGUUCAAGCAUCCGGACGCCAAACUUCCUCGAAUGCUCUGCAGCCGGUGGAGACCGCAGGAUACCCCAAGUCGGACGAACCUAACAGGGGUGUGCACCGUAUUAUUCGCUCAGCCCGACACACAGCCGCCUUUCACUGGCCAACAGACUCCUGGGACUCACUGAGCUUGUCCAUCUUUUGGUCCCCAACCCCAACCGAAUUUUAUAUCUUGAGGUUGGCUUAAAAAAAAAAAUCAGUUUGCUAGGACCUAUUUGAAAGAGGCGGGGUGAGAGGGACUUGGUGAUCAGAAUUUUAGGUUUGGAAGAAGAACCUUUGAGAUGAUCUGUCGAGAUUUCUCUCCGUGAUGCAUCCUGGAUUUGUUAGGCAGGGGAAGAACUUUCUAUCCCAACACAUUCACACCCAAGCAUGGAGACCUAAGACGGAAUAAAAGGGGGAAGAGAGACCCAUUUGUCCUUCAGUGGUUUCCUCCAUCCUGCACAGAGAGGCUGCUUCAGGGAGAAGCAGGGUCCUCCAGGACAGACACAGGAAGGCAGCCGAGGGUUGGCUGGCUGGGGUGGAGGGUGGGCUUUUCUCUCCCCCCUCCAACCUGCACCAUCCAGGCUGAAGCUGAUGCCCAAGAGAGAAGAAUCCGACUCCAUGAUAUUUUAUUUUCUCGCUCUCUCUUUCCAUUCUUUUCCUCCCCCCCCUUUUUUUUUUGAGGAGCCGGGGGCUAUGUCUUCAGUGCCAUAGAGGCACAGCCCUUUAGGCGACGCUGCUGGAGACACGGGGAUAGUCCUGCCUGGCACAAUAUUAAAGGGACAGAUCACGUACCGUAGAAGGGGAAAGCAAGCCCCGCCAGACCUGUUCGCCUGGUCUACAGAGCGGGAGUGGGGAUCAAGUUGAAAAAUGAUCAGGACGGGUGAACCACUCUUGAAUUGAUCACCUUGUCCACCCCGAUCACUCCAUCAGCAAAGCGGAAGGGAUAAGAAGAAAAAGAAGAAGAAGGAAAACCCAACAGCCCCCUCGGGGGUGUGAUUGCCGCGGGACCUCCUCCUCCUGGCUAGAUCGUAGCGGUGUAGAGGCUCCCUUCUCCAUGAGCCCGGGGUGAACAGGUGCCCCGGAGGUGUGGGAGAUCCAGCCCGGGUCCGCUGUGGGUGUGUGUGUGUCUCGGAAGGGGAUUAUGGAGAGCGGCGACCGGGACAUGUACCGCCAGUUUCAGGACUGGUGCCUCAGGACUUACGGGGACUCGGGCAAAACCAAGACGGUGACUCGUAAAAAAUAUGAGCGGAUUGUCCAGCUCCUGAACGGCUCCGAGACGAGCUCCACGGAUAAUGCCAAAUUUAAAUUCUGGGUCAAAUCCAAAGGCUUCCAGCUCGGCAAUCCGGACGAGGUCAGUGGUGGUGGUGGUGCUGCUGGUGGCGGAGGAAAGCAAGUGCUCUACGUGCCAGUCAAGACCACGGAUGGAGUUGGUGUAGAUGAGAAACUAUCUUUGAGACGGGUAGCUGUUGUUGAAGAUUUCUUUGACAUUAUCUACUCCAUGCAUGUGGAAACUGGACCCAAUGGAGAACAAAUCAGAAAACAUGCUGGACAAAAAAGAACAUAUAAAGCAAUUUCAGAGACCUAUGCCUUUCUACCAAGAGAAGCGGUGACACGAUUUCUAAUGAGCUGCUCAGAGUGCCAGAAGAGAAUGCAUUUAAGCCCAGAUGGAGCAGAUCAUAAAGAUAACGGGAAACCCCCAACUUUGGUGACCAGCAUGAUUGAUUACAAUAUGCCAAUCACAAUGGCCUACAUGAAGCACAUGAAGUUGCAGCUCUUAAAUUCCCAACAAGAUGAGGAUGAAAGCUCCAUAGAAAGUGAUGAAUUUGAUCUGAGUGACUCUACCAGGAUGUCUGCUGUAAACUCUGACCUUAGUUCGAAUCUUGAAGAAAGGAUUCAAAGUCCGCAGAAUCUCCAGGGCCAGCAAGAUGAUGACUCAGCUGCAGAGAGUUUUAAUGGCAAUGAGCCUCCAGGACACAGUUCCAAUGCUUCAGGGGGAACACACUGCAGGGAAAUGACAGAAACCAACACUAAUGGAAAAACAACUCUGGAGCCGGAUGAACAGCCUCUGAACCUGAGUGACAGUCCCUUCUCUGCUCAGCUGACUUCAGAAUACAGGUUAGAUGACCAAAGCAGUGAUGGAAAGAGCAAGUACAAGAACAUCCUAGUAUCUGAUCUUAAGAUGGAGCAAGAGGCAAAAGAAAAUGGAAGCAAGUCACCUGCCCAUAGCUAUUCUAGCUAUGAUUCUGGCAAGAAUGAAAGCAUGGACAGAGGUGCAGAAGACCUUUCCCUGAAUCGAGGAGAGGAGGAUGAGGAUGACCAUGAUGACCAUGAAGAUGCUGAGAAGGCUAAUGAAUCGGAUGGGGUAGAAGCUGAGCGUUUGAAAGCUUUUAAUAUGUUUGUCAGGCUGUUUGUAGAUGAAAACUUAGACCGAAUGGUCCCAAUCUCUAAGCAGCCCAAAGAAAAGAUCCAGGCUAUCAUUGACUCAUGCAGGCGACAAUUCCCUGAGUACCAAGAGCGUGCCCGAAAGCGUAUACGUACUUACCUCAAGUCCUGCAGGCGGAUGAAAAGGAGUGGUUUUGAGAUGUCACGGCCCAUUCCUUCACAUCUUACUUCAGCAGUUGCUGAGAGCAUCCUGGCUUCAGCCUGUGAAAGUGAAAGCAGGAAUGCUGCCAAGAGGAUGCGGCUGGAUCGACAGCAGGAUGAGGCUGCUCCAGCUGACAAACCACAUAAACAGGAACCAACCCAGGUCACUUAUUCAACAUCAGCUGUUUCCAGCACGCAGGAGGUGUUGUACAUAAAUGGAAAUGGGACCUACAGUUACCAUAGCUACAGAGGGUUAGGAGGAGGCUUGCUAAAUCUAAGCGAUGCUUCUAGCAGUGGUCCAACUGAUCUCAGUAUGAAGAGGCAGUUAGCAACCACUUCUGGAUCUUCCAGCAGUACCAGCUCCAGACCUCAGCUAAGCCCAACCGAAAUUAAUGCAGUACGGCAGCUGGUUGCUGGAUACCGAGAAUCUGCUGCAUUUUUAUUACGUUCUGCAGAUGAACUGGAAAACCUUAUUUUGCAGCAGAACUGAGACACACAACCAUCCUGCUGACCAGUUUUAUCACAGAAUUUCCACUAAUGACGUUUUGAUUCCCCUAAGCAGAUCCUUCAAUUACUGCACAGUCUUGUUGACGAGUUAAUUACCAUAAUGCCACAGUGUUUUUGAUGGGGGGUUUUGUGUGCUAAGGUUCUUUAAGUGAACUUGGACCUCUGAUAUUUCUGAGGUACUUUACUAUAUCCAGCCUAUUGCUUUAUGUUUGUUUGUUUUUCAUGUGUCAGCAUCAAUAGCAAAAAGUGGCUAGAAAUGUUAACUCGUUCUAACAUGGACAGAAACAGAAGAUACUGGGGGUUCAAAAUUGGUCCAAACUCCAAGUGCAAUAUUAGUGGAAUGUGCUAUUGACUCAGUGGACUCAAAGCUGCAUUAUACGGCAAAAUGUUGCCAAAUGCCCUGUUUUUAACAGGUUGCUAUUGCAAUGAAAAGGAUCUUGUAUUUUAAAGAAAAUGUAAUUUUUAUAGGAAAAAAACAAGACAAAAAUGUUGGAUCUCAUUCUAAAUUGAUCAUUUUUACUUUGGUAAAUUUUUCACUGAUUUUUCAAAUAAUAUUUUGAGGAGUUAUUGUAAAUCCUCUUCUCUGAAACCUCUUUCCCCCUCUCCAAUCCACAUUCGUUCUACAGCAAGUACCUUUUCGUGCUGGGCAGCCCAUUCCCUGGUGGAUCCCUACACAAAUAUCUCUGGAAUGACUUCCAAAGGAAGCAGACAUUUCCUGAACUCGCACUGUUCUCCCCUCCAUUUCAUAAUGAGUUGCAGCUUUAUUAGCAAUUAAUAAAGAAGUAAGGGUUAUUUUUAAAAGGACAUAUCAUUAAUUUUUGUAAAGUGGUUUCUUACAAACUAGCUCACUUAACUCCAGGAUUGCUGCUGCUGUCUUGUGCAAGUCCUUCUGGUAGUGAAUGGAUGUAGAUGACUGAAUGUGAAGAGGUUGCAAGUGACAAUCGGAAAAUUUGCACUCUUGUGUGUAUUUAUUUCUUUUUUCUUUUUAAAUGAAUACAUAACUGAAAAGGGCCAUUGACACUUCUGAUGUGAUUUUAUAAUGCUAAUACUGAACUAAAAACUAUACAAAAAUUGUAAAGGAUGCAGCUGCCACUUAAACAAAACUCUCUUUCCCUGACUUCCCCAGCUCCCUAUUUCUUAUUUUAUGAUGUCAAAUACACAUCAAUGGUGUUUUUGUUGUGUGCUAAGGAAAGCUUAUUUUUAUGUAUUUAGAGAAAGGUAUUUUCGUUCAUGCCUAUUGUAAUAUCUGUUUUGUUUAGCUUUUGUUAAAUAACAAGUUCCUUGUGCAUUCCUGAAUUUGCCUUAUUUUGUGUACAAUUUUUAUGUAAUUUGGUUUUUGACAAUGAGUUUAAGGCAUCGGUGAUAUUUUCUAUCUACUUGUUACAUAUAGUUUUCCAAGUAAUGACUGUGAUUGUGACAAAGUAAUGUGCACUUUUUCUUGUAACUGUGGACAUUGCUAUGCUUUUUCCCCUUUAGUGUUUCUAGAUUACUGUUGCUUACAGUUAUGUUUUAAAAAAAAAGACAACUUUUGUGAUACUGUUGGUGAAUAUCAAUGUGAAAAAGCCUAUUGAAAUUAGUGUUUUGGAGGUACUUAAAUACACAAACCUUUCUUUUUAGUUGUGGACUCAGUGUUCACAAAUUUAAAUGAAAUUCAAAAAAAAAGAGGGCUGGAAAAAUUCCUCUGUUUUGUUUGGGUAAAUAAACAAACAUAUGUGUUUCAA